AUGCCAGACACUUGCAUAGUGUGUCUAGGAGACCUUGGCGAUGGCGCCAGCGAGCCCCCUCGCCUUCCUUCUAUUGACGACGUCCUCUCGCCAAGGCCGGUCGAUGAUGAAGGAGCUCAUUUGCUGGAAGUGGUGGUGAAAUCCCCGCAGGUAGACUCCGGUACUGAUUCGGGGAAAAUUGCCCAUCUUCUUCCAUGUGGCCAUAAUCUUCAUGACGACUGCCUGAAACCCUGGGUAGAAAGGGCAAAUAGCUGUCCCAUUUGCCGGCAGAACUUCAAUAUGGUGGAGCUUACGGAUACGGUUGGAGGCCCCGUUGUUUCCUCAUAUUGUGUCCAGGACCGUGUCCAGGUUGCGGAGAUCGACCCUUCAAUGAUAAUGGAUGAUCUAGGCGAUGAAUCUGAUUCGCAACCAUGUCCAAUUUGUGGAUACGAUGAUAACGAAGAGGUCCUUCUCCUCUGUGAUGGUUGCGAUGUUGCCAUCCACACCUACUGUGUCGGACUGGAUUCUGUCCCCUCUGGCCCGUGGCACUGUUCCCAAUGCGAAAUACAGCGACCUAUCUCAGCUGUUGGCCAACGCCCACGAAAUCGGUCUGGGCGCCGCACCCGCAGCGAUCAGAGAAGAACGCGCAGCCGGAAUCAGAUGAAUGCAUUUCAUUGGGCCCGUGUUUGGCAAACCGUCUGGGACCACCUCAACCUAGAUCUAGACUUCCCUUUCGACGACGAACAAGCGCACGGCCGUAGGGUAGAACAACUAAGAAGCAACGCUAAUUAUCGGAGAGAAUCCCGCGCCUGGGAACGUCGUUUUCAGAUUGCUGAGCGACAGGGAGCGGCUAACCGAUUUAGAGAUACCGCCUCCGCGCUUCUCGAAAUCGGACGAGGCUGGCCCUCAAGACCAAGACAAAGAGUGGAGACUCCAGAGCCCGAGUCUUUGGACGAAGUAAGGGCUUGGAACGCGUUUGAAAGAGCAAGGGAAAUACAGGAUGACCCCAGCUCGAUCCGUCGGAAACGCAAGUCCCCGACUGCUUCGCCAGUCGAACCACAGCCGCCACAACCCGAGCGGAAAUUGAAACGCCCCCGAACGAGACGGCCGGAAGCUCUUGCUGCUGACUUUCUUGAUCACGGGGGUGAGUCUUCCAGAGCUGGAAGAUUAGCUAAUGGUUCUACUUCUUCUGGAAGGGUUCCCGCUGAUAGCAAUGCUAGUACGGGCCCAAGUUUUUUGCAAUCCCUUCUCAAAGAGGUCGAAGACUCUUCUUCUCCGAGUUUGACGAACGGCGCAUUCAGAUCAGCUGUUUUCUCGUCGACACCAGGAGAUUCAAACUCUCCAAGACCAUCAUCGCCCGUUCAGUCAUCCCUCUCUAAUCGCUCCUCUCCCCGGCCAUCAUCCGCCACACCACCUCCAUAUAACAAUAACAAACUCAGGCCGAUUACACCCAUCAUGUGCUUUGAUCCUGCUUUUUCCUCUCCUGAAUUUUCCCCUUCAUGCUCUCCUAACCAAGACGAACCUGGGACAGCAGAACAGCCUCGACUACCUCGCCAAAUGGACCGAACGCGGCGAACUGGACAUAGCUCAUCGACAUCACCGUCGCGAUCACGGUCUAACGAAUCGUCCCCAACACGGUCCUCCUUAUCUCUAUCCGUAAAAUCAGAUCUACAGAAAAUGGUCAGCGCGGCCCUGAAACCACACUACCGCAGUCGUGGCGUUUCAAAAGAUGAAUAUACGGAUAUAAACCGACGGAUCUCACGGAUGUUAUACGAUAAAGCUGGAACCACGAUAGCACUAGAUACAGAAUCAAAAACUAAAUGGGAAGCUGUUGCGAAAGAGGAAGUAAACAAAGCUAUCGCCAAGCUCAAGGAGUCGCGGGAGUUAAAUAAGGCGAAUGAGGCAAGUGACAGCGGUCAGGCCUCAUCAUGA